AUGCAGGAGGACAAGAAGGCGAAGGUGAAGAAGGGAUGGCUUGCCGUUGAGGUUGGAUUGGAGGAAGAUGAAGGGUUUCAGCGGUUUGUGAUUCCAAUAUCCUACCUUUACCAUCCACUUUUCAAGCGCCUUUUGGACAAGGCUCAUGAGGUGUACGGCUAUCACACGACGGGGCUUUUAAGGCUGCCAUGUUCGACUGACGAUUUUCUUAAUCUCAAGUGGCGGAUAGAAAAAGAGUCCAACCAUCAUCACCACCACCAUCAUCAUCAUCAUCUUCCUCUCACUUUAUCAUUCAAUUCUUGUUGA